CAGGACGCAAGUUGAUUCAGUUACGCUGAAUCAACAACGCAGUUGGACUUCAGACUGUGCGUGAGACAGUUUCACUUAACACUAUAGACAUCAUAACACAUAACAUGGGAACGUUAUAUAAAACCCUGAAUCGGGUUUUAAGGUCUUUAUUUUGCAAUCCCAGCUAUUUGAAAGCGUAAACUUGACAUGUCAAUGUAAAACGAGCAUUAAUCGAGUAUUCGCGAACAGCUUAACGUUACAUAAUAAUGUCACUGUUGGACUCAGCUGAAAAUACUCCUCUCCUCAGAGAUGAUACUGCAGGGCAUGAAAAGGCAGACAGAAGCCGGUGGAGGUCCAUCAGGGUGAUGUACUUUACCAUGUUUCUUAGCAGUGUCGGUUUUACGAUUGUCAUCACUUCCAUAUGGCCUUAUCUUAAGAAAAUUGAUGACAGUGCAGAUGCCAGUUUCCUGGGAUGGGUGGUUGCUGCAUAUAGUUUGGGUCAGAUGGUGGCCUCGCCACUCUUUGGAUUAUGGUCCAAUCACAGGCCUCGACGAGAGCCUCUGGUCUGCUCUAUAUUAAUCAAUGUUUCCGCUAACAUCUACUACGCCUAUGUGCACCUUCCCACAUCGCACAACAAAAUUCACAUGCUUUUGGCUCGCGCCUUUGUGGGCUUCGGAGCAGGUAAUGUAGCAGUCGUGAGGUCUUAUGUGGCAGAGGCUACGUCUCUAAAGGAAAGAACCUGUGCGAUGGCUAACAUGAGUGCCUGCCAAGCUCUUGGUUUUAUACUUGGCCCAGCUCUCCAGGCUUUGUUGUCCUUCAUUGGAGAGACUGGGAUUACUUUGAAGCUCAUUCAGCUUCAGGUUAAUAUGUACACUGCUCCAGCGCUGCUGGCGGUCGUCUUUGGGAUCAUAAAUAUUUUGCUGGUUAUCUUAGUCCUGAGGGAGCACUUUGUGGAUGACAAUGGAAAGUACAUCCGUUCAAUUAACUACACUGCAGAAGAUCAAGUAGCUGUGGCUCCUGAGGUGGAAGGUGAUAUUGACCAGAUGGCAGUUCUGACAUCUAACAUCCUGUUUUUUGUGAUUCUCUUUAUUUUUGCUGUGUUUGAAACAAUAUCUACACCUCUAUCAAUGGACAUGUUUGCAUGGACAAGAAAAGACGCAGUUUUAUAUAAUGGCAUCAUAUUGGCUGCCAUUGGCUUUGAGUCAAUCAUUGUCUUUCUGGUGGUGAAGGUGGUUUCAGCAAGGGUAGGGGAUCGACCUCUGCUUUUUGGAGGAUUAAUUGUUAUAUUCGCUGGUUUCUUUUUCCUUUUGCCAUGGGGAAAUCAGUAUCCUAAAAUACAGUGGGCAGACAUACAGAAUAACACUAUGCCAACAAUAAGACUGGCAGUCACCCCAGCCUCCAAUGCGUCGGUGGAGCCCACCGGAUGUCCGUCUGAACAGACCUGGUGCUUGUUUACACCCGUUAUUUAUUUGGCACAGUACAUCACGUCUGACAUCCUGAUCGGAGUGGGUUAUCCGACAUGCAACGUCAUGUCUUACACUUUAUACUCAAAGAUACUGGGUCCCAAACCUCAGGGAGUGUACAUGGGUUGGCUGACAGCAUCAGGAAGUGGUGCACGGACACUUGGGCCUGUGUUUGUUUCUCACGUCUACACUAUCUUGGGACCACGAUGGGCCUUCAGUAUUAUUUGUGGAAUAGUACUAGCCGCCAUCAUUCUCCUGGCUGGCAUGUAUAAACGACUCAUUGCUUUCUCUGUACGUCAUGGGACGAUAGAGGACUGAUCGGUGCCUCUGCUAACUACUAAAGGACAGUGCAGAGAAAUUGACUUUUUGACAGGAUGUUAAUGUUUUAAAUUUUCAGAUAUUCACUAUACAAAAAGCCACUAAUGUACAUAUAUUGCUUUUAUAGACAUUUUUAUAAAAUGGGGACUUUGCAAGUUUAACCAUAACUCAAAAGGGGUUAUAAUAUACAUGGUUUCUGUGUGAAAUGUAUUAAACUACUAGCUUCACUCUGAAUUGAACUACUACUAAAAGAAAAUGGCAUAGGUAUGUUGUCCAGUUUUAUAAUGUUUUUUUUUUUUUAAGGUUUGAUCUUCCCGGUGCAGGGUUGAAAUGAUUCAGAAUGUGACAGAAUCAAGAAAUUCAUGCGAACGGCAGUGUUAAAGAUGUUUGGCUGCUCUGGGGUUUUAAAGGCAUAUCAUGAUUUUAAAACGAAAGUUGUUUAAUGCUUUACAGAUUUUGCCUUGAAUAUUCCUUUUUUAAUAAUUUAUUACACUGAAGAAUGUUUUUUAACAAUGACAGUUUAUUUUAAAGACGUUACGUGCACUGAGCAUCAAACAGUGUUUAGAUGUUUUAAUUCACUAACUCAAUAACACUAGGCUCAAGAUGUAAACAAGACGUUAAGCAUAGCUAUACAGAUUCAUUGUACAAAAUAGGUUGAGUAAUCUCAGAAUGAUGUUACAUUACUGACGGUUAGCAUCUACAAGCUGCAUUUUUAUCCAGCUGUUUUCCACUAUACUUUUGUUUGCGGAUGUUAAAGCACAAUAUGGAUUUUUCUGACAAACAAAGACAAUAAAUUGGUUCUUUUCAAA